ACACCUACCGAGGAGCAGAGCCGAGAAGGAAUACCUGCUUUCUUUUUUCUUUACACCUUUUGACACAGACCACUUUGGAUCAUUUGUUGAAACCCAUCAAAAGGGGGGUGGAAAGAAAGCAGUCAUCUGAGUCAUUUGUUUUAUAUUUCCCCCUUUUACCUUUUUCCCUGGGAAGGACGGACUUCUAAGUGCAUCACUAUGUUGAACAAUAUGGAUUUGAAUGCGAAAGAUUCUUUUUACCCGCAGUUUGAUAAUUGUAACAGUUCUUCUUUGGGGAUGGAAAACAGCGCGCGGAAGGAUAACCAGGAGGUGUAUGUCGAUGCAGAGCGGGGGGUACCUGCCCAGUUUGGCCACGAAGGAGCCCCUGCAACCCUCAAAACCGAAGCUUCCAACUCGGAAUUUGCUUUUAACCCCUGCGAGUGCCCGAAAGACACCUACACCCCCUCCUCGCUCGCCUACUCCGGCAGUUUCUAUGUGGAGGCAUCUCAGGGAGCGCCGUGCAGCACUGAAACACUCCUCAAUAUGAUCACCGAGAUCGUGGGCAUCUCCACACUGCCACUUUCAGAAGUGCAACAGAGCGGCAACAAUCGGGGAACUUACCCGUCACCUGCGCCGAUGGACAGCAACAAUGGCAAUUUUGGGGACGUUAAGAGGCAAAACUACACCUGCUCCGGACCCACGCCUCCUGUUUACUCUCCAGACCAAACGUGCCCGAGGUUUCCUGACGAUCAGGCCGGCAGCCAGGCCCAAGACCCGUCCACUUCCCAGCUCAGCUUCGGCUCCUCCCGGGCUUCUAACCAGAAGAAGGAUGAACCAAAGUCCGAGGCCGCUUCUUUCCCUGUCGUGGUGAAGAACGAGUUUGAGAGCAGCUGCUACGAGUGGGGCACAUUUACCAAUAAGACGGACUGUUUGGAGACCAGUUUCCAGACUGAAACCUUCCCGAUGUCAAACGACUUCCCCCCUGACCAGCAGAUGGAUGUAAAGGAACUUUUGGACACCUUUCCCCCCAUUUGUCCCAACCCAGAAAUGGAGUUUAAAGUGGAGGGGGGCAUCAAACAGGAGCCGUGUUUCUCUGACACCUGCUCCCAGAGCUACUCCAGCCCCCUGUAUAAUAAUUACCUCCCCCCACCUCCAAUGGGCCUGUCCUCCAACCUGAAACCCUUCCCCGAGCCCCCCCAGCCCUCCAACCAGUGUGACCCCUUAUACACAUCACCAGCUCUUCCCAGCACCAUAGACUCCAUCCUCUACUCUUCCUUGUUGCCAGAUUCUUUCGCCCAAAGUUACACCACCCGUGCGCCCAAGCCCCCCAGAGCCAGAAAGAGCCCCGCGGCCUCCCACGGCCCCGCCAAAGAGAAACCCUUCGCCUGCCCCAUGGAGAGCUGCGACCGGCGCUUUUCCCGCUCGGACGAGCUCAACCGGCACAUCCGCAUCCACACGGGCCACAAACCCUUCCAGUGCCGUAUCUGUUUGCGCAGUUUCAGCCGUAGCGACCACCUCACCACCCACACCAGGACUCACACCGGGGAGAAGCCGUUCUCGUGCGACGUGUGCGGCAAACGGUUCGCCCGCAGCGACGAGCGGAAACGACACGGACGCGUACACCUGAAACAGAAGGAGAAAAUGGAAAUAAAGCCUCAGGUGAGCACAGGCGCGUGGCCCUUCACUCUUCCCGAGGGAAUCUGAAGACGAGGCUGGGUGUCCACUCAUACUUUAGUGGGAUCUUUCCGUCUUGGAAGAUAAACCAGCUGACUACAAGUUGAUGUCUGAGUUGGCCACUGCCUGACAUGAGAGGUUUUGCAGUUUUAGAGGGGCAGAAAUAGAGAGAGGGAGGUCUGCUUCGGCCAUAUUGUCUGCUGCAGAUGCUUCUGACUUUAAGUUGUAAAUGAGGCAGAGCAGAUGAGCGGUGACUUGUUGCUGUUCCUGUGAGGAGAGCCAGACCUCUCUGCUGCGGCAUUGCAUGACUGCUGUUCAGCACCUCUUCUUCUGGACAGCUCCAGCCUCUGAGCCUGGAGAGGAUUGCACUUAACAGAUUAUUAAUAUCUCCAUUUAAGAUUCUUAUUUUCUGCUUUUUAGCAUUCUUAGAGCAAUGGUUUGGACUAUGUUUCUUAAAAUGCAUGUUUAUGUCAGUGUUUUUAUUUUCCUUUUACUGGAACCACUGUCAUGGUCCUCCUCCACUCCACAUGAGGGUUAUUGACAUGAAUGUAGGCUGACAUAUUUUUGGCUCUGUCCACAAAGACGUCCAUCUUUGAUUAAAUUUAGUGUUUGUUUUAUUUCUUAUCAUUUGGCUGUCAUUGUUUUUCUGUCAUUAGUCUUUGUGUUGUGUUACAAUUGUUUGGAAUAUUACAAUUGUGAAAGAUAUAUCAUAAAUGGGAAAUAAAUAUAUUUGUAUUACUGUACUUCUUUGUAUUUUUAUAGCUAUAACUGUAUAUUUUGCAUUUAUCACAUUUGAGCGUCCUUUAUCAAGGUGAAAUGUAUUCUUAAUCAUUAAUGUCUUGGUUUUCGAGGGCUACUGUUGAGUAACACAAUAUUUUCAAUGUUACAAUUUGAUAUGAGAGACAUUUUCGCACUUCAUCCCAUUGUUGGUAUGAUGAGAGUUAUUUCAUUGAACUGCUGUUCUAGACUUUAAAGGGACCACUUUGUAAACUAGUUGUGGUACAGAUUUUUCCAGAUUUUACAGUCUGUACUGAAAUAUGUUUAAUCAAGCUAGAAAUGACUAGCAAAUCCUAUAAAUAUUGCUUUUGAGUAAUCAGGUAGCACACAUUGCUGCGAGUUUCUGUGGACUUUCUGUGGACUUGGGUGAUAAAGGUUUUUAAUCCUGGUAUCUUUUUUUUCUUAGAGAUACUGUAUGCUGAAAUGUUCACUUUAGCAAAAGAAGAAAAAAAAAAGAACAAUGUUGAGAGAUUGGUGAGAUUGUCACCAACAGGGUACUGCAAAAAAAGUAAUUUA